UAAACGUCAUCCACUGGUCUCUGUUGUAUUAUAAAAAGUUCUAUCGGAAUAAUCCAAUAACUUCCUGGAGCUCCUAUCUAAGGUCCGCCCGCUAAGGGCAUUUAAGGUUGCUCGUUCACAUCACAGUGCUUCGGUUUUCAAGGAACGUCAUUUGAGUACAGUUUCUCUUGAUCUAGCCACCAUGUUUCUCUUUACUUUGUUUUCAGCGACCACCUGGACUUUGCUGGCACUGUUCCUCACUCUGUUAAUACUGUAUAGCAUUUGGCCGUAUGGAUUAUUCAAAAAAAUGGGCGUACCUGGACCAAGGCCAUUGCCCUUUGUUGGAACAAUGCAUUACUUUAGAAAGGGCGUGAUUGAUUUUGACCGUGUCUGCCAAAACAAGUAUGGUGAUUUGUGGGGAUUGUUUGAUGGACGCACACCACUCUUAAUGGUGUCAGACCCUGAGAUUAUCAAAACUGUGCUGGUGAAGGAGUGUUACUCAACGUUCACCAACCGCAGGGAUAAUCCAGUGGCAGGACCUUUGGAAGAUGCUAUAACAGCAGUUAAAGACGAAAGGUGGAAAAGAAUUCGGGGCACUUUAUCACCAUGCUUCACCAGUGGUAGACUGAAACAGGUUUUUCCCAUCGUUACUCGCUACGCAGAUCGACUUGUUGAAAAGCUUGGAAAACAAAAUUUGGAUGAGCCUGUUGAUGUCAAAGAAUUGAUUGCACCUUACAGUUUGGACGUUAUUACCAGUGUGUCUUUUGGUGUUGAGGCUGACGCCAUAAACAACCCAGAGGACCCACUUAUCGUUCAUCUGAAAAAAGUUCUAAACUUCAAUUUUGCGAUAAUAAUUUUCAUAUUCAUGUUUCCCUUUGGUGCCCAUCUGUUGAAGCUCCUCAAUAUUGAGAUGAUGCCCAGACUCAGUGUGGAUUAUUUCUACAACAUCAUCAAGAGAUUUAAAGACCAACAUAAGUCAGAAAAAUCUUUUCAAGCAGACUUCCUGCAAGUGAUGAUUCAGAGCGAAAUACCAGAUUCAGAGACAAAAAAUGAACAAGAGCAGCCAAGUAAAGGUUUGACUGAACAUGAGAUACUUUCCCAGGCCUUCCUCUUCAUCUUUGGAGGAUAUGAGACCACCAGUGCCACUGUCAGCUAUAUCCUUUACAACCUGGCCACCAACCCUGAUGUCUUGCAGACAUUGCUGGGAGAAAUUGAUGCCAACCUGCCAAAAAAUGCUCCUGUUUCAUAUGAGGCUCUGAAUGAUCUAGAGUACCUGGACCAGGUUAUAAAUGAGUCAAUGCGCUUGAUUCCCCCUGCACCUCGGCUUGAGAGAGUUUGUAAAAAAAACGUCCAGGUCCAUGGACUCAACAUCCCUGAAGGAACUCAUGUUGCGAUUCCUGUGCACCUUUUACACAAGGACCCACGCUUCUGGACGUCACCUGAGCAGUUCAGACCAGAGAGGUUCAGUAAAGACAAUGGGGAGGAGAUUAACCCGUAUGCAUACAUGCCAUUCGGACUCGGUCCUCGUAACUGCAUUGGGAUGCGUUACGCUAUCCUCACCGUGAAGAUGAUCCUCGUCCGUCUCCUGCAGAGCUACACUUUGGAAACAUUCAAAGACACUUUGAUGCCACUGGAGUUUAACUGGAAGUAUCAGCCAGUGAAGCCAAUAAAGCUCAGUUUUGUUCCCAGACAGCAGUAGUCCAGUAGAGAGCGUCUGAUAAAAAGAGUAAUACCUUUGAAUUCCUCUUCAACGGGUACUCCUAUAGUUAAUAAUACUUAAACUCAGACACAUGGUAUGGAUUUUUUCUUGCUUUGUUUAUGAUAAAAUUUGAGCUUUAUUAUCACCUUUGUUUGUUUAACUUUAUUAAAGUUGUAAUUUUCUUGUUUUUUUAUGAUACAACAUUCUGAUUCACUUAAAGCAGAGAAUAAUGCACAUGGAGUGUCUUUUGUGCAGAAAUGCUUGAUUCAGAUUCAGUAAUAAUGACUCGAAUAUCUGGAAAAAAAUUUCAAUAAAUUGAUCCAAGCAAUAUUUUUGCUUCACCA